AUGGCCCAAAUACAAAACAAUUCGAGCUCUUCGACUAGACGAUCAUUAAGAUUAUUAACUGCUGAACGCAAAUCAACAAUAAACGAAUUCAAUAUAGAGGAAGAAGAAGAAGAACAACAACAACAGCCAACAACGACUGCACGUCAAGCAAAAUCUAAAGCACUUGAAGCUCUUUCAAUUAGUCAUAAUAAACGUCGAAUAGAAACUGAUUCUGAUAUAAACGAAGAUCAAGAAGAUAAUAAAAAACGAACAUCAUCAUUAUCAUCUCGUCAUAGUAUUGUUCAUGCAUCAAAUCCUAUAAGACGUCGUAAAAAACCAAGUGAACAAUUAUCAAAUAUUAAAACAUUAAAACGUCAACGAGAAUCAUCAUCCGAAGAAGAAGAAGAAGAAGAAGAUAAUAAAUCCGAACCAAAAAGAAAUUCUGCACCUAUUUUAUCUCAUCAUAAUCGACGAAAACAAAGUGAUUUGGAAAAACAAACUGAAAGUACAGAUACGGGGAACUUUUGUGUUAAACGACGAACAGGCGGACGAGAACAAAAUACAGUUGUAAGUGAUCCUUCAACUAGUAAUAAUCGACGACCACGUCGUUAUACAACAAAAUCUUAUAUUGAUUAUUUGACAACGGGUCAAUCCUCUUCUAGUCGUUCAUCGGUACCUGUCACCAAUAUCACCGGUACAGAAAACCGAUCGUGUCAUACAAAUAAUAAUACCGGUGUAACAUCUUCAAAUAAUAAUCCUUUACAUUUAUUUAAUUCUUCUACAUAUUAUCAUCAAAAUUCAUCAUCUCCUCCGCCGUCAUCAUCAUCAGCUCAAACGUAUUCUGGUAUUGUACCAACAACAUCAUCAACAUCUCCAUUUCUAACAAGUAGUAGUGCUCAUCGAACUACAAAACAAUCCAUACAAAUGUCGACUGAAAGUGAUACUGAUCCGGAUAAUAGUCCAACAACACGUGAUAUUCUAAAUGAUUCAAAUUUUGUUCGUAGUGCUGCAAGUAGUGGUUCAGCAAGUGCAGCAUUAUUUCAUACAUUGUCAGGCCGUGUUCAACAUUUAAUGAGUAGAGUUGGAGGCGGAAGUUCAAUUAAUGGACGUUUACAACAAUAUAUUCAAGGACUACAAUCAUCAGAUCCUGAUGUUAAAUUAACAACACUUAAUGAAUUAUGUUCUUUUCUUGUUAUGAGUAAUGAAGAUACAUUACCAGGAUUUCAAUUUCGUGCUCUUUAUCCACCAUUACGUGAUUGUUUAGCAGAUGAAAAUGAAGCAAAUGCUGAAAUAGCUUUAACAGCAUGUCGAGCAUUAACAUAUCUUAUGGAAGCAUUACCACGUUCAGCAAUUCAAGUUGUUGAAGCUACACCAAUAUUUUUAAAUAAAUUACGAAGUAUAACAUCAAUUGAUAUAGCUGAACAAGCAUUGACAGCAUUAGAUAUGAUAUCAAAAAGAAAUGCUAAACAAAUUCUUAUUUGUGAUGGUAUUGGUGCAUGUCUUGAAUACAUUGAUUUUUUUUCUAUAACAUCACAACAUAAAGCUUUAUCAAUAGUUGCUAAUUGUUGUACACAUAUAUUAACAUCAACUGAUUUUAAAUAUAUUCGUGAACAUUUAGAAAAUUUAACAAAUCGUUUACGUUCGGAUGAUAAAAAAACUAUUGAACAUAUUUGUUUAAUAUUUACACGUUUAGUAGAAAAUUUUUAUCGUGAUUCAACAAUAUUAUGUGAAAUAGCAUCACAAGAAUUACUUAAAACAAUGCAAACAAUGAUUAUUGUACAACCAUCAUUAAUAAAUAGUAUAACAUUUGUUAGUAUUAUUCAUAUGCUUUAUAUUUUUUCGGCUUAUUGUCCAAUACUUGCUAUUACAUUACUUAAAAUGAAUAUAGCUGAAACAUUAAUAUGUCUUUUAACUGGUUCAGUUGAAGGUAAAAUAAUAACAAAAAAAUCUAUAACAUAUAAAUCAGCUGCUUUAUCAAUGAAUGAAUCAAUAACAAAUAUGACAACAAUACAACAAAUAAAUAAUAUUGAACUUAUAUCACGUAUACCACAAGAAUUAUAUGAAAUUGUUUCAUUAAUUGGAGAAAUGAUGCCUAAAUUACCAAUUGAUGAACCAUUAUUUCAAGUUGAUCAAUUAUUUCGAGCUGGAAGAGGAUAUGAUGCUAAUGCAAAUGGUUAUGUUUUGUGGCAUUGGCAAGAUGAUCAAGGUCAAUUACGUCCAUAUUCAUUUCAAGAUUCUCGAACAAUCGAACAUGCUUGGCAACAACAUGAAGAAGAAGUUCAAUUAGUUAUAUCUGGUCGAAAUUAUCUUCUUGAUUUACAACAAUUACAACAAAUCAAUGAAGAAACUAAUCAAGCACGUUUUAUAAAACGUGUUGUUACACCAGGUUCACCUAAUCCAAUUGAAUCUACAGCAUCACCUCCUUCACUUUCAACAGAUGAAUUAGGAAAUAAUUCACCAUCUCCAACAACAACAACAACAACAACACCAAUAACAACAACAAUAAACAAUUCAAGUGAUGUUCGAACAGAACUUUUAAAAGAUAAUAUUGAAUUAUAUAAUUCAUUUGUACAAUCAUUAUUUCCUAUACUUUAUGAAGUUUAUAAUACAUCAGCUGGACCAGCUGUUAAACAUCGUUGUUUACAAACAUUACUUCGUAUGAUAUAUUAUUCAUCAUCAGAUUUACUUGAAACAAUAUUAAAACAACAAUCAAUAGCAUCAAAUAUAGCAUCAAUGCUUGCAUCAUGUGAUUAUAGAAUUGUUAUUGGUGCAUUACAAAUAUCAGAAAUUUUAAUGAAAAAAUUACCUGAUAUAUUUUCGGUAUUUUUUUAUCGUGAAGGUGUUGUACAUCAAAUUGAAAUUCUUAUUGGAUUUGGUAUAACAUCAACAGCAAAUUUAUCUAUUUCACAUACACAUCAUACAACAACAAGUCAAAGUCAAUUUGAUCUUGUUCAUAUGAAUGAAAAUUCUUCAUUACCAACAAAUUCAACACUUAGUGAAUCUUUUGAUGAUCAACAAAUUCAACCAUUAAGUAGUGAUUCUUCUUCAAUAUCAAAAACUCCAUCAUUGCCAUAUCGAACAACAGCAACAACAACAACAACAACAACAACAACAACAACAACAACAACAACAUCAUCAUCAUCAUCACGUCGUUAUACAGAAUCAAAUGUACCAAAAAUUGAAACACGUUCACAACGUUCACGUAUACCUCCAACAUCAUCAAAUUCUCGUAUUAAACCAUCAUUACAUUCAAUGUUUGAUGAAAUGACAUCAUCAUCAACACCAUCGGAUACAUCAUCAUCAAUACCUAUUGGUCGUGGUCGUUCGACACGUGGUGGUAGUGGUGGUGGUGCUACGAAUUCAGGAUUCUUUCGACCAACAUCUUUUGAUUCUUCAUCACAUUAUGGAUCAACAAUAAAUAAUCGACUUCAUCCAACAACACCAAUUUAUGUACCGUCACCUUAUUUACAACAACAAGCAUAUACAUAUGCAACAAGUGCACCAGCUGCAGCAUCAUUAAUUAUGUCAACUAGUUUAUCUUCUCGACAACAACAAUCACAAAUAACAUUAACAACACAAGAAAAAGCUAAAUUAAAAGAAUGGAUACAUAAUCAAGCACAAAAUUUUCGUAUAAAUUAUUUUUCAAAUAAUUCAUCAACAUCAAAUAUUGCUUUACAAAUAAUAAAUCGUUUAGCAGCAGCUGUUGAUACAUUACAUGUUGGAAAAGAUCAUUUAGAAAAUACUAAAGCAUUACGUGAUAUUGCAAAUAUAAUUGCUAAAGGUGAUGUAACACCAUUUGAAAUGGUACAUAGUGGUUUAAUAACAAAAUUAUUUCAAUAUUUAACUGAUCAUAUAUCAUUACCAAAUGAUCGAUUAGAUAGAUUAAAAUUAUUUUUACAUACAUUUAUGAAUAUACCUCAUGAAAAUACAGAUGAUAAUGAAAAAGAUUUAAAACAAUUUAUUAUUGAUCUUUAUCAUACACAAUUAAAUAAUGGAAAAUCUAAUCAAAAUAUUUUAAGUCAUUUAAUAUGUAAAUUACAAGGAUGUAUUAAUCAACUUGAACAGUUUCCUAUUAGAGUCAAUGAUGUUACUGGUCGAUCUGUUCAUAGUUCAGCUCUUCGAUUAAUAUCAACUCAUCAACUUAAAUGUAGUCUUGCUCGACAUCCACAAUGUAAAACAUUAAAACAAUGGAACAGUAGUCCAGUGAAAAUUGAUCCAUUUGCACUUGUAUCAGCUAUUGAAAAAUAUUUACUUUUACGUGGUGUUGCUAAUGGUUCAAAUGAUGAUUCAUCUGGCAUAAUUGAUGAUGAAGAAAGUGAAGUAUCAAAUGAAUCUGAUGCUGAAGAUGUUAUUAAUGUUCUUGCUCAUUCAUCAACAAUGAGACUUGAAUUUUUAAUUAAUGAUCAUAUUAUUCCAAAUAAUAUGACUUUAUAUCAAGCUAUUCGAAUGUACAGUACACCAACACAAAGAACUGCUGAUGGUGAAUCUGAAACUGAUACUGAUGAAUCCGUAGUAUCGUCAUCGAGUAUAUGGACACGUGUACAUACAAUUCAUUAUCGUCAAUUAACAAAUUCAUCAUCAUCAACAGUACCAGCUGUUAGUACAGCUAUUGGUGGUGCUAGUACAACAACAACAACAACAUCAUCAUCAUCAUCAAAUCGUUUACGACAAACAACUACUAAUACACAAAGUUCAUCAUCAAAAUCAUCAAAAAAACCUAUUAAACCAUCAAAACGUUCACCUAUUCGAACAACAAUUGAUGAAUUAUGGAUAAAUGGUCAAUGUCCAAAAACAAAAUCUUUAUUAAUAUCAAAUUUAAAUGAAUCUCUAUCAUCAAUAUUAACAAUAAAUGAUUUAUCAUUAAAUGCUAUAUCAUUACUACAUAUAUUAAAUAAUUUAAAUCUUUAUUGGUAUGAUCUUUAUUAUCAUACAAAUACAAUGUUAAAUCAUCAUAAUUUAUCAUUAACAUUAACAUCAAAAAAUGAAUAUUUAUCAACAAAAUUAACAUCAAAAGUUAAUAGACAAUUACAAGAUCCAAUUGUUAUUAUGAUGGGACGUAUACCAUCAUGGAUAACUGAAAUGGGUUAUACAUGUUCAUUUUUAUUUCCAUUUGAAACACGACAAAUGAUUUUUUAUCCAUGUGCAUUCGAUCGUGAACGUGCAAUGCAAAGACUUUUAGAUAGUUCAGAUAUGUUAACACAACAACAUAAUAAUGAUCAAACUGAUAGACAAUCAGUUGUACCAAGAAUUGAAAGAAAAAAAGUUAAAUUAUCAAGAGGAAAUAUACUUUCAGAAACGGAAAAAAUUCUUGAUAAUUGGAAUUCAAAACAUUUCUUAGAAGUUCAAUAUGAAGAUGAAGUUGGUUUUGGUCUUGGUCCAACUUUAGAAGCAUAUUCAUUAUUAUCAAAAGAAUUACAAAAGAAUGGAUUAGAACUAUGGAGAACAGAUAAAAUUUUUGAUUCACAUAGAGAUAAAGAUACAUCAAUGUCUGAAUAUGUCGAUACACAUAAUGGUCUUUAUCCUGCACCAUUAGGUCGUAAUGCAAAAGCAAAUGUAAUUACAAAAGUUCGUCAAAAAUUUAAAUUUCUUGGAAAAUUUAUGGCUAAAGCAUUAAUGGAUUCAAGAAUGAUUGAUAUGCCUUUUAGUAUUAUUUUUUAUAAAUGGAUGUUAGGAGAAGAAGAAAGUUUAAAUCUUGAAGAUCUCAUUCAUAUAGAUGCAAAUUUAUAUGAACAAUUUAAAAAAUUACAAACAGUUGUUUUAGUACGCGAUAAAAUAAUGUUACAAAAUCAAAUAACAAAUCAACAAAUAACAAUAAAUAAAUUAAAUAAUAAAAAACGUUUAAAAUCAAAAGAUGAUUCACAAUUAGAUCAUUCAAUAUAUACAAAUAUAUUUGAUGAAAAUGAUCCAAGAUUAUUACUUGAUGGUUGUAAAAUAGAUGAUUUAUCACUUGUAUUUACAUUACCUGGUUAUCCAAAUAUUGAAUUAAAAAAAGGUGGAAAAGAUUGUUUAGUUACAAUACAAAAUCUUGAUCAAUAUAUUAAUUUAGUUGUCUAUUGGACAUUAGUUGAAGGUGUUCGACGUCAAUUUGAAUCGUUUCGUGAUGGAUUUAAUUCAAUAUUUUCUAUUCAGCAUUUGAAAUGUUUUUAUCCCGAUGAACUUCAUCAAGUAUUUUGCGGUAGUGGUUCAACAGAAUUAUGGGAUCUUAAAGUUUUGCUUGAAUCAACACGUUGUGAUCAUGGAUAUAAUUUGAACAGUCGAGCAGUUAAAUGGCUUUUUGAUAUAAUGAUUAAUUUUGAUAUUGAUGAACAAAGAGCAUUUUUACAAUUUGUAACUGGUAGUCCACGAUUACCUGUUGGAGGCUUUCGAAUGCUUCAUCCUCCACUGACAAUUGUUCGAAAAGCGGCAGAAAAUAAUAGUGAUCAUAUCAAUCCGGAUUCAUUUUUACCAAGUGUAAUGACCUGUGUCAACUAUCUCAAAUUACCAGAUUAUUCAUCAAAAGAAAUUAUGAAAUUGAAACUGACAACAGCUAUACGAGAUGGUCAAUAUGCGUUUCUACUAUCUUGA